GAGCCGAGAUUUCUGUCAUGCUGAAUCAUGGCGUUGCCUCGCAAAGUGUGUCAUCGUUACCAUCGCGGCAAAAAAUUCUUUUUCUGUCUCCCUCCUUUCCCCCAACAGUUGUGAGUGCUUCUCUUUCCCCGCCUCGGUGAGGAACGCCGCAGCUGUGGAAGGUCCAGAGCGAGGAGAGGACACUCGGCUGAAAUAGCGCAGUGGGGAAAGGCAGCGAGAGCGAGCGAGAGAGCAAGAGGGAAACCGAGCGUGCAAAAACGGACGGCACUCUGCCUCAUGUCUCCUCCUCACACCAUCUCCACUCCUCGCCGUGCCUUGCUGAGAAAUCCCUCGCACUGACCGGGUGCGUGCGAGCUGCGCUUCGUAUCGUGUCGGCUUCCUUUCGCUGCCGUAUGUCGUUGUCUUGGGGGGACCCAGCAGCCGCUGGCGUUUUGGCCUGGAGAGAGCGUGUGAACGAAGCACACCCAACCCUGGCGAUCACCGUCUUGUUUCUGCAAUAACAACUUGAUCGCAAAGUAGACCCGAGCAAGAAAAGGGGCCAGGGGAGUGGAGAGGACUUUAGAAGGGGGAUUCUGCCACAUCUUUGCCUUCCAGAGCAGAGCUGCGCAUUUUUCUCCUCCUCCCAGCAUAUCUCUCUCCCUCCCUCUCCCUCUCCCUCUCUCUCUCUCUCUCUCUCUCACUCACACACACACGCACACACACACACACACGCGUGCCAAUCAUGAUGUUUCGAGACCAGGUCGGCGUGCUGGCAGGGUGGUUCAAAGGCUGGAACGAGUGUGAGCAAACCGUUGCGCUGCUGUCUUUGCUGAAGCGGGUGAACCGGAGUCAAGCCCGGUUCCUUCAGCUGUGCCUGGAGCAUUCCCUCUCCGACUGCACGGAGCUGCGCGUUCUGGAGAACGAAGCCAACAGCCCUGGAAUCAUUAACCAGUGGCAACAAGAAUCGAAGGACAAGGUGAUUUCUUUGCUGUUAACUCACCUGCCUUUGCUGAAGCCGGGAAACAUCGAAGCAAAAGUGGAGUACAUGAAGCUGCUUCCCAAAAUCCUGGCGCACUCGAUCGAACACAACCAACACAUCGAGGAGAGUCGGCAGCUGCUGUCCUAUGCGCUGAUCCACCCCGCCACGUCCCUGGAGGACAGGACCGCCCUGGCCAUGUGGCUGAACCACCUGGAAGACCGCACGUCCGGGACCUUCGGCAGCCAGAACCGAGGCCGGUCCGACUCGGUGGAUUACGGGCAGUCGCACUACUAUCACCAAAGACAGAACUCCGACGAUAAGCUGAACGGGUGGCAGAGCUCUCGGGACUCCGGCGUAUGUGUGAACGCCUCCAGCUGGCAGGAUAAAAACCUGGGGUGCGAGAACGGCCACCUGCCCCUGUACUCCUCCUCCUCCGUCCCCGCAACCAUCAACACGAUUGGGACCAGCUCAGGCACAAUUCUCUCAAGCCAGACCCACCACAGCCCCCUGAAGCGGUCCGUGUCCCUCACCCCGCCCAUGACUGUGCCCAGCCAGCCUCUAGGACAUGGGUGGAUGUCCCACGAGGACCUGCGUGCGAGAGGACCCCAGGGCCUCCCCUCGGAUCAUGCCCCCCUGUCUCCUCAAAGUAGUGUCGCUUCCUCGGGAAGUGGAGGCAGCGAACACUUAGAAGAUCAACCUUCUGCUCGUAACACAUUCCAGGAAGAAGGGAGUGGCAUGAAAGAUGUUCCCGCCUGGCUGAAAAGUCUGCGCCUACACAAGUACGCUGCCCUUUUCUCCCAGAUGACGUACGACGAAAUGAUGGCCCUGACCGAGUGUCAGCUGGAGGCACAAAACGUUACCAAAGGCGCGAGACACAAAAUCGUGAUCAGUAUCCAAAAACUGAAAGAGAGGCAGAACCUUCUCAAGUCGCUGGAAAGGGACAUCCUAGAAGGCGGCAAUCUCCGCCUCCCGCUGCAAGAGCUCCACCAAAUGAUCCUCACUCCAAUCAAAGCGUACUCUCCCCGGAACCUGGCGGGGGACGAGCGCAGCAGGGACUCUGGGCCCCAUCACCCAGCUCCGCUGAUUGGCUCGGACAACCAGGGGUCCGAGUGCAAGGACUCCGCCUCCGGGGGGAUGCAGCGCCCGCAUAUGCCGGGCUGCGAGGGCGAAUCCGGAGGGCCCCCCUUACCGGAAGGAGACAUCCCUGGACAGUUUACAAAGGUGAUGGGGAAAGUGUGUACCCAGCUCCUAGUCUCCAGACCCGACGAGGAGAAUAUCAGCUGCUAUCUUCAGCUCAUAGACAAAUGCCUAAUUCACGAGGCAUUUACCGAGACGCAGAAGAAAAGGCUGUUGUCAUGGAAACAACAGGUGCAAAAACUCUUCAGGUCUUUCCCGCGGAAAUCCAUCCUAGAGCUCUCGGGGUAUCGGCCGCAAAGACCCCGAGGGUUUGGCCAGUCGAACUCGUUACCAGCAGCUGGAUCUGUCGGUGCAGGGAUGGGCCGGCGGAACCCCCGCCAGUUCCAGAUCCCCUCCCGGAAUCUCCCCACCACGCGGCUGGGCCUGCUGGGCCCCAGUGGCCUUCUGGGAGCCGCCCAGCGCACAGCAGCUGCCAACCCCACUAUCCUGAAGCAAGGGAGACAGGUGUGUACCUGGCAGAACCUUUGGUUUGCCAACCCCGGAGGCAGUAACAGCAUGCCCAGCCGCAGCCACACCUCGGUGCAACGGACGCGCUCACUGCCGGUCCACAGCUCCCCGCAGACGAUGCUCAUGUUCCAGCAGCCAGAGUUCCAGGUACCCGCGACAGAACCGGACAUCAAUAACAGGCUGGAGUCCCUGUGCCUCAGUAUGACCGAACACGCCCUCGGAGAUGGUGUCGAUAGAACCUCGACGAUCUAGAAGGAGGAGGCGUCCGCAGUGACGAUGCUGGCCAUGAGAGACGUGGGCUGCUGGACCAGUGGCAACCUGGGUGACAAAUCCCUGAACGCACGAAGGAUCCCCAGAGAUACUUUGCAGCCGUUUCAUUGCUGUUUUCUUCUUUCCUUCCCUUUCUGUCUCCCCUCUCUUGUCCAGCUCUGUUUUCAUUUUGGGAAAGGCUCGCCGGUCCUCACCGGUGCAUCACCCGGGUUAGAACUCGGGGUCAUUUUGCACACAAGGACAGACGAAACGUGGCACGAAGCAAGAGAGAUCGGAGAGCUCGAUGCACCUAAGGGCAGGCAUCCCGGUAGCGUGGAAGCGCGUCUAAGGGCAGGUAUCUUAGUUAGUGGCGAGGUAAUAAAUGGGCCCGAAGUCUCCAGCAGGGCAGUGGACAAGGAGCCUUCUCAAGGAGGAACAAGACUUGGAAGCAUACUGCCGACGGGCGUGCGGGAAGAGGCGCGGCGUGCUGGCCUCCGAGGCACUGGCUGCGUUUCGCCGACACAGCCCUCAGCGCGAGAGGCCGUUCGCCUGUUGGACGGGGUGGGCAAGCAGAGAACGAGAGGAAAGGCCCCCCCGUCUCCCCUCGACGACAUUCGAAAGAGCAGCUUUGACUUUUGUGCGUUGUUUACAGGACGUUGGGUCUGAAGGAGCCCGUCAGAUCUGCGGAGCGCUCCAUUCCCCUUCUCUUCCUGAAGCGGUACCUGUGCGAGCGGGGCAGGGCGGGGCGGGGCAGCCCGAGCCCCACACCUGCCCCGUGGGAUGCCCCCAUCCCGGCUGCCCUGUUCCCUCGUGCGAUUGUACUUACUUGCAUGUGCCAGCGAAAUAGCUUGUCAGGCGCAACAGCCGGGACAAGAGCGAUGCGAGGAGACGCAAAAUAACCGGCGCGGGUGCACGGGGGGGUGGGGCAGCGUGAGGCCUCUGGUCUACCCCAGGGGAGGUUUACUGCCACCUGUGAGGACCCGGGGCUCGGACACGUGUCCUGCUCAUCUUGCUGCUGCAACCAGUCCUUUGCAUGGCAUCUGUGCGUGCGUGCGUGCGUGCGCGUACAAUUUUUAUUUUGUGUUUGUUGCCCCGGCAGCAGAGCAGAGCUGCUGCUCCGAGAGGGUGGAAGGCCCUUGGGACUUGUCUCAACUUUUCUGGAAGGGCUGGAGCAGGAUGCCAGAAGCUGGGGAGAGGCGGCGGCAGGGGGCUUUCUAGUCCUUCGCGUGUGAGAGAGAGAAUUUUGCGGCUGCCGUGUGUGGAGUCAGGCCCAGCCCAGGAGUAGAAAACGCUCUGAAGUGGCUUCUCCAGGCGAGCCCCCUUUGGGCCCUUCCCCCUUCUCAGUUCGGUACCGUAACAUGCAACCACACACCUGGGGCAGUGAGCAACACCCCCGCACCGAAAGCCCCUCUCCGUACCCAGUUUUCCCUGUGGAGCUUCGUGCGUAGUGUUAGGAAAGGCCAGAGGGACACGCUGGCCGGAACUUCCAGGACUUGGAUAGAAGCCGUAAUUCACAGAGCAGGGGCCCGCCGUACCCACAUGGUCCAGUUCCGGUCGACGUCCAAGCGGCCAGGAGUGGGUCGGUCGGCAGGGGGGCAGAGCGCUCAGGCCAUCCAGGGCUUUCCGGCCACCUUGCGGGGAGCUGUGGAUCUUCCUGAUCUUGUGGGGUCCCUCGAGAGCCGUGUGUUGGUGUCACACGGUUCGCAGGGGUUGCAUCUGUUGGAUUGGAACAUCCGGUUGCCCCCCGGGGGACGUGCUUUGAGCCCCCUAAUUUCAGGGGCCCGUGGAGCCACGCCCCACUUGCCCUGGGGGCAGGAGGGCUGCGGGGGCAGGUGCCGGCCGGGGCACGUCACUCGCUCUUCCCGGAUGACUGCGGAGCCACAGCCCCCUCGCCUGGUUCCCUGGGAGGAGCGCGUUCCUUCCACUGGGCAGGUCCCUGGGACUCGGGGCCCGACUUCCACCCUAGCCGGCUGGGCGUUUGCAAGCUGCAAGCUCGGUUUGCAGGCCGGGAGAAGAGCUCUCCUGCUCCGGGAAGGGACGGGAGGCGCGCUGCCAGCGGAGAGCUGGACGUGCCCUUCCUGUGCCGAAGGGCCACGCGGGAGGGAAGGGUAAACAGAGGCGCGUGAGUCAGCACCGCUGCCUCUAAAUCGGGCGCUUGUUCUGUGGCGUGUUUUUGCUGGAAGGGGGACACUGCCGCCUUUCUGCACGCCUGGCCAGCGGGGGGCGGGGGGGCGGCCGGCUCCCGGGUGUGCCUGCGUGCAGGUGGCUUGCGGAAGGCAGCGCUGGCAGCGUGUGCCGGCGGGUGUCGGUUUCCCGCAGCCGCCCCCGUCGGGCCGGACCGGGUUCAGUCUGCGAGCUCAGACGGAUCUGGGAAAGGAAGGAGAGCUGAGAAGCAGAGGCCUGCGCACGGAGCGAGCCGUGCCGCCUGAGCUCGGCCUGGAGGAGAGGUGCCGCCUCCGAGGCCGUCUCUGGUGGCUGCUUGGAAGGCUCUGGAAAGGGCAGCCGGGAGGGGGAGAGCCCCUUUGCCCCCCGCAGUGGGUUGCUGGAGGAAAGGCGUGUUUGCAGGGUCACCAGCGCCGCGGUGCCUGCCAUCAUCUCCCCAUAGCCCUUGCCAGUGGGUCCUGCUGCCCCCUACAGGGAGAAACCGCUCCAGAGGAAAAUGGCUCGAGGCAGGCGUGGGUGGGUGCAGCCCAUCACACGAGUGUCUUGGCAAUCCAUGAGACUAAGGGCUCAUUUCGCUGACGCCCCAUUCAGGGUCCCUGCACCAUGUCUCCUUGCUCUGCUCCUUCCGCAGAGCGGGUCUUCUCGGUCCAUCAGACCGACCGCCGGUGUGUGUCUCGGCCCGUCGUCUUCCGUUCCUGCCCUGACUUUUUCAGUGGAAGAAAAAUGCCCAAAUGUCUCCCCGGGGCACCUUCUCAGCUCUUGGUCCUGCUGCAGUGCCAGGCUGGUUUGAAACCAGUUUUCCCAUCAAGGCUUCUCCCCACAAAACCUUGGGAAUUGGAGGCGGGUGUCCUGCAUGCCACCCACCCUCCAUUUAGGCUGCGGUGCGUGUGAUUUUUGGCAAUGCACAGCAGCAAAACAAAGCAAAUGCAGUUUCACUUCAAAUCUUGGUGCACCCGUCUGGUUCCGGCAAGGGGAGGCGGGGAGACUGCCCCCGGACCACCCAGAGUUGCCCAGACCUGCUUGGAAAAGUAGUUUUGUAAAGAGGCAGAGGAUUUCAUGCAAUGGAACCCAAAGCAGAGAUUCAUAAUCGGUCCGAAUCAUGCCUCGCCUCACCUUCCGAGUCCGAGCUGCCCUGGUUAAUGUCCUCAGCUCCGUUGCAGAGCAAAACUUGCCCGGGCCUGCGGGUCGGAAGCCGUGACGGUUCGGCCAGCAUGAACGUGGCUUAAAGACGGAGCAUGGAUGUGCAAGGAAUCCGGGGGAAACUCCCCCCAGAAGCACCUGCAGUGCAAGCAAAGUGUUCUUUGUUUUAUUUCGUUUUUCUUUUUUUGCAUCAGCGUAGCCAUAACCCUGUUCGGCCGGGGAAAUUAAACUCCUUGGCACCUAGACAGUGUCGACCUAGUGCCAAACCUUUGCUGUGAUUUAGUUUUUAAUAGGUGGAGUGGAGGGAGGAGGAAACACGGACUGUCCCCCAGAAUCUGCAGCCAUCUCGGAAGACUGUCCGGCAAGGGCCGGCCAUGGGGCCCGGGCCCUGCCGCGCCACGGACGAAAUCCGCAGUGGCACGGGUCGGGCAGCAAGUCUCUGCGGAAGGGUGAAAAGGGCCGCGGAAGCUCGAGAACAAAUUCCACGCGUCCUUUUCACCCCCCAGGUGAUGCUGAAGUGUGUCGAAGCGCAGCUCACGGGGAGCUCCGGGGUGGGGCGAAAGUGCCCCCGGGACCCACCAAGGUGGCCCACCCUUGCCGUAGACAAAGGAGAGAUUUGUAAAUGCGUUCGAGAUGCAGUAUUGUAAAGACGCAGAAUUUAUUUUAUACGUUUUAACAUGAAGUGCCAAAAUACCAUUUUUAUUUCUUGGUUUAUGUUUACCAGAAUGCGUGGUUGUGGUGAAAGAAAACGUUCUAUUCUGAGAGCAGUAAAGAAGGAAGAUUGUCAUGAUAGAAGGAGUUGUGGAAAGUGAUUUUUCAGGCACUUGGGAAGGUCCUGCCGGCUGCCGCGCAGGAUCCGUUGCGGUGGAGGCCCGCCGGGCGGUUGCGACCGCAGCUCUCGUGGGGAAAGCGGGACACAGACAGAAGCCGAGAGAGAGGCAGUUCUAGAGAGGUCUAGAAACCCGUAGCAUCACUUGUUUGGGAAUCCUAAUGGGGAGGGCAGAGUAAGAAAAGGGGACAAUCCUCACAAGUAUUUACAAAACUAAAACAUGUAUUUAUUCCUUUGCUGAAUAUAGAAAACAGAGGUUAUCUGAUUAUUAAGAUAUAUUAUUUUGGAUAAAUAUAUGACUUAUAACUUGCUAUGGCUGGUAACCAUGAUAAAAUCCCUGAUAUUAACAACCAUAUACUUCGUUUUCUUUUGUUUUCCCCUUUCCUGUAAGAGAGCUUCUUUCCGAUCAGCAGUGUGCAGCAGUGUGUAGCUCCAUUGUUGUCUUGAGUUGUGUGUGGUUGUUUUCUGAUUCUUGUGUAAUCAAAAAGGGGCUUCAGGUACUUUGUGAAGCCCACUCAAGUUCCCUCUUAAGUCCUGUAUUGACUGCAGGUAAAGAACACCGAUUUCAGAAGAAAACAAUGAAGAUGAAAAGAAAAAAACACCAGAUGUAUCUAAAGAAAAAAUAAAUCUAUUUAUAACAAGGUUGCAUGCAAAAGGGCCAUGGAAGUCAAAAUGUUUAGUAUUUAAAAAAAAAGUGGCAGUGCCUUUCCAUUUUGUAUUUACCCAUUUUUCGCCAAAUGCAACUGUUUUAUAAUACGCAAUUAUAUGAUAGUGUCAGAAAUUGCAAAAUAUUUCACUACAUAGAAACGUGUGGAGUUCUAUUUUUUUCUUUCUUGCUCUCAUGACCUGAGUGCAUGUGCUGCGAUCUCGGCCGCCCGGCCAGAGACACCUUUUACUAUGCGAUGGUCACAUAUGGAAUUUAUAUUGGUGCUUUUCCUUUCUAGUGGUUUAUGACGAUUGUUGAAUGGAAAAAUGCAAACGGAUUUGUGUUAGUAGGAUGAGGGCUGUGGGGGGGGGGGGGGGAGGGGAGACAUUCUGUGUGUGUUUUGACACAGCUGUUGCGUUCAUUUGGGGGCACGCCUUGGCAAAGCUGGGGGACGACACAGCAAGAAAGCGGUGGGCUUCAGGGGAAUUUGCACUGUGAUGCCUUCGGCACUGCAACACGGACCAGUCCAGCGCUUCCGAGUGUCCCUGGUGUCGCACACUGGGGAAGCACGCGGCGUGGAUCACGCCACCCGCUUUGGCUGGACGGGCACCCGUGCCGUGCAGAGGGCGAUCCAGCCGGGCAGCCAGUGGGGGUGUUCCACGAGGGGCCCGUUUCUCCCCAUCGCCACCGUUCCCGUCCAGCCAGCCUCACCCAGCGGCUCCGCACUGCUCAGACGGCCCGUCUUGCCCACCGGAGCUCCCCCCGUGGAAGGGAUGCCCUCCCUGGGUCUCGUCCUCAUUCGGGCCCCUCAGGGCCUGGGGUUCCUCCAUGGGGGGCGCCUUCGGAGGCCCGCCAGGGGAACCCAGCAUGCCAUGGCCCCGCAGGCAGGCCGGUGGGCUCCGAGCUGCGCACGGUCAAGGUGCCCACGGCGGCCACCUGCCCACAAACCAUUUGCUUUGAUCACAGCGGCCCUCGCAAAAACCCCCUUGAGACCCCCCGAUCCCGGGCCUCGGCAGUGCCUUUUCUCCCCUCUUCUCCCGGUGGGGCCCAGAAGGAAUGAUACGGAGGAAAACAAGCCUUUCUUUUGAGGUGUCAUUCGCUGUCCCCAGGCACAAAGAGCCCCUGCGGCUGCCCAAAGCCCGGAGGGCGCCCACCCAGCUCCAGCUGUGCUCGUGGGAUCUCCGAGGGAGGGAGGGAGGGAGGUGGUGCCCCAGCCAGUGCCGGCCCAGCUCCCUGAACUGCUCUGCGCAUGGAGCUUGCACCUGUAGGCCACCCCAUUGAGGAAGGGAUGACAGAGUUGUCAUCCUUCGCACCUGGAAGGCUUGGAGACGCCCGGCAACAGGACUUCGUUCCGCUCCAGCCGCGAAGCACCACGGCCACCUCCUAAUCUGCCCUUAAGCAUAUCCCUCGUCAGCGUCCUCUCUCCGUCGGUUCCGCAGGGCUUCGUUAGGUGUUCCCUUCCUGGUGUCCUUUUGUUAAACGCGUCCCAAGACGCAUCCGAGCCAAGGCACCGUGGUGCCUGGGCACAGCCUGUCUUUGUGCUAAACCCUGCAGAGGGGAGAGAGUUUUCUGUGCUGGCGCCUCGCCUCUCGGGACAUCGAGUCCGGCUGACCAGCAGGGCCCCUCCCGCCCCCCCAAGUCUCUUUUGAAGAAGUAGUAGAAAGAGUAGAACUUGUAGGGAAGUCUUAUUUGCACACAGCAAUGAUAACACUGAAGUUGAUUUUAUACAAGUCAUUAAGAGUUUGCAAAGUGAGUUUUAUUUUUUGUAUUCCUUUAAUCUUUACUUAAAAGGUGAAUGUGAAUUCCUCUGGGAGGAAUUGCAAGAAAACAGGAAUGUUAAUAAAUGUUUAAAAACGAAACAAAAAACCACAACAGAAUAUUUCCUCCCUUAUUAAUAUAUAACCCUUACGUAUUUAUGCCUACUGUAAGCAAAUGAAAAGGCUUGGCGGUCCUUUUCCGUUGCAUGCCAGCUGUCGGCAAAAGCGAAAAAGCCCUCUGUUAGUGCAUGCAUGCAUAUUAGUCUGGAUCUCUUUUCUUUUCUCUUGGGUUGGGGGGAAGAGUGUAUUUCCCCCGUAUGAAAUUAGUGCACAAAGAAAUAUUUUUGCCUAGUUAAUGUUGCCAAGCAAUGCAUAUUUUUUAAAAAGGAAAUUUGUCAUAUAUGGGCAUCGCAUGUUUGCUUACAUGAAUCGGCUUCAUUACGCGGGAGGAGGGGACACGACCGUUCGGGGUUGCUGUGAUUUCUUUGUAUAGUUUUCAAAUUGUUGUUAUUACUGGUGAAGCACCCUUGUGAUUUCAACUUGCUACAAAAUUUAUUAUUCAUUUUCCUCCCAUGUAACUAGGAAUCAUGACUAUGUUUCAUAUCAGCGUUAUAUUGAAAGUGAAGGGAGAUGAUUAAUACAAGAUUUUGUAACAA